AGAGAGAGAGAGAGAGAGAAGACUUUGGGGGAUUGGAGAUUUCUUCAUAAGCUUCGAUUGUUGUUCAUUGGUUCCUUCCGGAUGCCAAAUCUCUCAUCCUCCACUUUCAUGGGCGUCGUCGCUACCGGAACUUCUUCUGCUUCUGCGUUGUAUGGACGGCGCCGCCGCCGCCUCUCUUGAUUUCUCCUCCUCAUCCCACGGAGAAUUACAAGCUCAUGAUGAAGCGCCGGCGGCGGCGGCGGCGGAGUCCGAGUCCCUGUCCCUAUCCCGCGUUCCGCUCGCCGACGCUCCUAUUCUUCUGCUUAUUAAGUUCCACGGGGCGCUGCGAUCGGAGCUCGCGGAUUUACGGCGCGUGACGGCGGCGGCGGCGGAGCGUGGGAGUUACGGGGGCGAGUUCGUGUCGGGAUUGAUACGGCGGGUGGAGUUUCUGAAACUUGCUUACAAAUAUCAUUGCGCCGCCGAAGAUGAGGUUGUGUUCCCAGCUCUUGAUCUACACACAAAAAAUGUAGUCUCCACAUAUUCCCUGGAGCAUGAGAGCAUAGAUGGUCUUUUUACUUCCAUUUUUGAACACUGUGAUGAGAUCAAUGUAGAAAAUAAAGAUAUUUCCCAGCCAUUUCAAGAACUAGUUUUCUGUUUGGGCACCAUUCAAACUACCAUUUGCCAACAUAUGAUCAAAGAAGAAGAACAGGUUUUUCCAUUGUUGAUGAAACAAUUCUCUGCAAGAGAACAAGCAUCCCUCGUAUGGCAAUUCAUUUGCAGUGUACCAAUGACACUACUGCAGGAGUUUCUGCCAUGGAUGAUGUCUUUUCUUGCAUUAGAGGAACGACUAGAAGUCACAAACUGCCUAAGAGACGUAGUGCCGAACGAAAAACUACUGCAAGAGGUGAUAAUGUCUUGGCUUGGGAGCAAUGAGAAACCUUGUAAAGAAGUAGAACCAGAAGACAUAAAGUGUGUUUCCAACUCUCAGGACAGUGGACAGAACCCUGUUGAUAGCCUCCACCUGUGGCAUGGUGCCAUUAUGAAGGAUCUGAAGGAAGUUCUAAAAUGCCUAUUUCAAGUGAAGAGUUGCACUGAAACAGCUCUUUCUAACCUUGAUUCCUUAGUUGUCCAAAUAAAGUUCCUGGCUGAUGUGAUUCUUUUCUAUAGAAAGGCGCUGGAGAAAUUUUUUCAUCCUGUAUUCAAUCGACAUUCCGAUGCCUCCCCAAUCUCCUCCGACCAAUUGUUUCUUAAUGACAGUCAUAUUGAAGGCUUACAACGGCUGCUGCAGCAAGGUGCACAAGAUACUAUACCUUUGAGCAAUUUCUUGGAGAAAUUAUGCUGGGACGUGGAGUCGUUCAUUGUACAAGUCAGCAAACAAUUCACUUUUCAGGAAACAGAAGUACUUCCAGUGAUCAGAAAGAGCUGCAAUCAUAAAACACAACAGCAGCUCCUGUACAUGAGCCUUCGUACCUUGCCGCUUGGGCUAUUGAAGUGUAUUGUAACUUGGUUUUCAGCUCACUUAUCUGAGGGAGAAUUAAGAUCUAUACCUCACGUCACACCAAAGGGAUAUUUCGGUGUAAAUGAUUCACUUGUUUCCCUCUUGCAUGAGUGGUUUCGAAUUGGCUACUUAGGCAAAACAUCGGUAGAACAGUUCGGAAACGAUUUGCAGAAAAUUUUCCAGACCAGAAGCUAUUUUUUGCAUGAAGUGGAACAAGUGAAGGAAGCUGUUGGAACUUCAUCCUUGAGCUCAAAUAUUCACUCUUAUAAGGGGUCAAACUCUGAGCAAAUGGAACUACUUUCUACCAACAACAAGAGCUUCACGUCACCUUCUUCAUUUGGUGUUUCUCAUACUGCUUCAGUGUUUGAAACAUCUUAUUCUAGUGGAAUCAAUCUGCAGAUACAUUUUCCAGGAACAACGAAGGUACCGUGUCCCUAUACCAAGCAUCUCUACGAAGAACGCCCGCAUUCUGCUCUUAAUCAGCCAAAGCCAAUAGAUCUCAUUUUUCUCUUCCACAAAGCUCUCAAGAAAGAAUUGGACUACUUUGUUCUUGGUUCAGCUCAGCUGGUUGAAAAUGUUGGGAUUCUGACAGAGUUUAUAAGGCGAUUCAAGUUGGUAAAAUAUUUAUAUCAAAUCCAUACGGAUGCUGAGGACCAGAUUGCUUUUCCAGCUUUGGAGAAGAAGGGAAAGUUCCAAAAUAUUAGCGGUUCCUACACCAUGGAUCACAAACUAGAAGUACACCAAUUCAGUAGAAUAUCCUUCACUCUUCAUGAAAUGUCUGAACUGCACGCUCCAAUUUUUUAUGCACAUGCCAACCGAAAAAUAUUUAGUCACCAACAGCUCUGUCUGGAACUCCAUGAUAUGUGCAAAUCUCUACAUAAGUCACUCUCUGACCACGUCAAUCGUGAAGAAAUCGAGCUUUGGCCCCUCUUUAGAGAAUUUUUCACGAUUGAAGAGCAAGAAAAUCUUAUAGGGGCUAUACUUGGAAGAACAAAAGCCGAAAUUUUGCAAGACAUGAUACCUUGGCAAAUGGCAUAUUUGACACCAGACGACCAGCAUGACAUGAUGUCUAUGUUCCAUCAGGUAACAAGAAAUACAAUGUUUAAUGAAUGGUUAAGAGAAUGGUGGAAAGGUUAUGACCAUGACCCUAAGAAGGUGGCAGCAGAGGUUACAACUAUUACUCCCUCAUUGACAUCAGAUCCCUUGGAAAUCAUCUCAAAAUACCUAUCCAAGGAAGCAACUGAUGUAUGUGAAGAAAAUAUUUUUGGCAAAACCAUCAGCUCAGCACAGAAGGAAUGGCAAAGUCAAGCUACUGAUGUUGACACGACAGUUAAGUUCAAUUUGAAUGAUGAAACAAAAGAUCUUGAUGGCAAUCAACAGAAUGAGACAUUAUCAGAAUGCACAAAACUCUCUUCUCAAGGAGUUGAGAGCAAGGGUGCUGAUGUUAUUAUAGACGAUAUGACCGAAACGGAACGACCUAAAGAAGGUAAGAAAUUGAGCCAACACGACCACCUUCUUACAAUUAGUCAAGGAGAUCUGGAGGCAGUAAUAAGAAGGGUAUCCAGAGACUCAUCCUUAGACUCCAAAAGUAAAUCAUAUUUGAUACAGAAUUUACUCAUGAGCCGUUGGAUUGCAACCCACCAAGUUUCCCAAUUAGAGACAAAUGUCACAACAGAGAGCCAAGGAUUUUCAGGCCAAUAUCCAUCUUAUAGGGAUUCCUUGAAGAUAUCAUUUGGUUGCAAACAUUACAAAAGAAACUGCAAGCUUCUAGCUCCAUGUUGCAACCAACUAUAUACAUGCAUACAUUGUCAUGACGAGGUUACCGAUCACUCAUUGGAUAGGAAAUCCAUCACAAAGAUGAUGUGCAUGAAGUGCUUGAUAGUUCAGCCCAUUGGCAAGACAUGUUCAACUGUCUCUUGUGGUAAUUUGUCAAUGGGAAAAUACUUCUGCAAGAUCUGCAAAUUAUUUGACGAUUCGAGAGACAUCUACCACUGUCCAUACUGUAACCUAUGCCGAGUGGGGAAGGGAUUGGGCAUUGACUACUUCCAUUGCAUGAACUGCAAUGCCUGUAUGUCUCGUGCACUUUCAGUUCAUGUGUGCAGAGAGAAGUGUCUAGAAGACAACUGCCCAAUUUGCCAUGAAUACAUUUUCACAUCCACGCUUCCAGUAAAGUCCCUUCCAUGUGGCCAUUUGAUGCACUCGACAUGCUUUCAGGAAUACACCUACUCUCAUUAUACCUGUCCUAUCUGUAGCAAGUCGCUGGGAGACAUGCAGGUGUACUUCGAGAUGCUGGAUGCAUUAUUGGCUGAAGAGAAAAUUCCAGAUGAGUAUUCUGGGAAAACUCAGGUAAUACUGUGUAAUGACUGUGAGAAGCGUGGAACGGCUCCAUUCCACUGGUUGUACCAUAAAUGCCCCUAUUGCGGUUCGUAUAAUUCUAGGGUUUUGUAAUUCCACUAUGGAUUUUGAAUAAUCGAUCGAUUCUUUCCAAGCACACUUGUAGAAGGGUGAGCUUGUCUGGAGUGAGACAUAAACAGAUUAAAUGAAAUAAAACAUGGCCUGGUCGUCAUGUACAAACCAUCGAAGGAGAUGGGGGUGGAGUUGCAAUA